UCGAGCAUUUGAGGUCGUAUUUCAACAAUGACACGUUGAAUAUUGGUUUCCAAAAGCGUUGAUCGUUGCUGGUUUAGUUGUCCUUUUUCGUACAUUUUGGCCUUGUUUUCCAUCACCUUGCCUUACAAGAAUAUUUGACAUUUUCAUAAAAUUUUUUAAAAGUAACUCACCUAAAUUAUAAUGUCCUUCGAUUUCAACUACAAAAUUUGGGUGGCUACCAAACGCAACAUUGGCCAUUUAAUAAAACUACAAAAUGUUCUAAAGAAGAGAGAGCCCAUCGACGAUCCACGCAUUUCAUUCCAAAUACUAUCCGAAUUGUAUAUUUUUUACGGCGAAUUGGUGGACAAAUUGACUUAUUUGCACCGAAAAACAUUUCAGGUGCAAAAACGCGAUGUAAUCAAGGAGCUAGUGGGACCCGCCAUUCAGACCCUCAAGAUGUUAAAAAGCGAACUGUGUAGCAUUGAGCUUAGUGAAUAUGUUUACAUGGACCAGAUUCUCAUUCCUCGCAAGAUCACACCCUAUAACUUGUGCAUUUGGCGUUCGCCAGACUUUCUGUACACCAGGCCGCUGGCGUAUCAAAAUUUCCUUUAUGACAAUAGUCUAUGCAUGGAUGACUUGGAAAAAGAGGGAAGACUGAACGAGGAAAAGGCAAAUGUGGUUAAAUGUGUUACGCUUCUGCAGGCGCACGAGAGAGCAAGAAGUUCUCGAGUAUACAGAGCCGCUAUUAUGUUCGACAAAAGCAAUUUGAAAGUUCGAUUCGAUAAGCGAGUCACAUACAAAUUCACUUAUAAACCGGGCCAGACAUUGAGUAUACCGGUGAAAAGGACAAAGUUCAAUGUCUCUAUAGUAAAAGCAAACAUAAGUUGCCAAGAUAUUUUAAAAGACCGAGCAAAUCAAGUACGCAAUUGUUAUGAGGGUGAUAAGGUUGGCAUGACUGAAGAAAGGCAGAAAGCGGCUGUGUGCAUUCAAAACGCUUGGAGAGUGUACAAAGCGAAGAAGUUAGCUAAAAAGCACUCGUUGUGUCAAAAACGACUUUAUGGAAUGAUCGGAAGUAAGCAUUUGCAUGCACCCCACGAGCGCACACAAAGUAUCCUUGAUCUCUACCGUGACGACUCGAAGAAAAAAAUGUUGGACUCCAAAUUUGAAAAGUUGAUAACCGACGAACGCACAAGAUUGUUACAAGAACGGGCUCCAAAUAUUAUGGAGGAUAUUUCAGAUCACAUAAGGGCGUGGUUUAAGGAAUUUUAUGAUAAAGCUGGCGAUUUCCAUCCGUAUCCCGAAUUUGCCAAGAAUGGAACUGUUUUGGUUCUCUUGGAUGAAACUAUGAACUUGGAAGAGUUUAGAGAAUUUCAGAAUUCACAAACUAUGUCCAAAGAGGAGAAAAAAGCAAAGGCGGACAAAGAGAAACAGAAGAAACUAAUAGAAAAGGAAAAAAUAAAAAAGAAGAAGCUAAAGGAAGCUAAGAGACGCAAGAAGUUGAAAGAUGCGGGAGUAUACGAUAUCGCCUACCAAUUAAGCUCUAGCAAAGAUAUCGAAAAAAUUGAAGAGGCCAUCAGAAGGUAUUCGGUCGAAUGGCGAACUGUGGACGAAUACCUAAACAAGAAUAGUGAAGCGAUUUCAGAGUGGGUCACCGAAAACGAACUUUCCAAAAUCCACAAGGAAUUGCGAACUCUUGUCGAUAGCUAUAUGAGACUGGAAUACGAAUUACUCAAAAAGGCACGAUGCACCGACAACAAAGAGAAGUAUAAACCUCCAAAAGAGAAGAAAACAAAGCCACCGGCGGAAAGGAAAAAACGAAAAAAAUUAGACAUCACAGAGCACCGCACAAUCGAAUCGCUAUACGAAGAACUGCGAGAAAAGAGAAUCAUAGGGGAACAUAUGGGCAGAUCAUUUAGCGAUUUUAUAGGGGAAUACAAUUUUGUGGCCGAUGAUACUAGAGACGAUAACAAUGCCAUAACGACAGGGCCCGAACAUGCUGACAUGAAAGCCGUUAUCCAAGACUGCCUACUUGGAUACGGGGACUUCGUCGUGGAUAAACCAAAGUCAAUUUGUAUUAUCGGGCCUGCAAACUGCGGCAAACAGCUCCUGUGCAAUGUAAUUGCCUCCGAACUGGAUGCGGUUCUUCUCGAUUUGAGUCCUGAGAAAACAUUUCAAUUUGCCGACAGUGUCAAUUACUUUGUUCAAAUCGUGAUGAAAGUCGCAAAGGAGUUUCAACCCAGUAUUCUCUUCAUCAAUGAUGUCCAUCGAUUGUUCUGGAAGAAGAUACCAAAAGAUCAAAUUGAAAAACGGCCCACGUUACUGCAGAGGGUCAUAACGAAGAAGGUUUUGAAGACAAUCAAGAAAAACGACAAAAUCAUGCUUCUGGGUACAAGUGAUGCUCCAUGGGAAGCGAAACCUAAAUUUAAGAAGAUUUUCCAAAAGAUAAUCCUAGUGCCAAAGUCGGGAUAUGGAACAAUAUAUCUUCUAUGGAUGAAUAUGUUGUCGCAGUUGAUUGGUGAAGACGCAUACGAAGAUUACAUAAUUACAGCCCUAACAAAAGUAUUUCGUUCAUACAAUACUGGAGAGAUAGUGGGCAAUUCUCAAAAUACACUAAAUCUGAAAAGACGCAUGAAACUUCAAAGAAACGGUCUUGACCCCAUGGAAUUUAUGCACCAUUUUAUGCUACGAAACGAACCAUUGUUCCCUCCACCGGACAAGAUUGUAGCAAAAUUUGAGAAAUGGUAUAAUAAAAUCAGUCCAUACACCAAAUUGAAAGCUUUGAAAAAAUCACCGAAGAAAAAAUAAAAAAUAAAACAUUAUCAAAUUAAGUAUGGAGCUAUGCCUUACUGAGAAGAAGAUCAUAUGUUUGAGAAUUUGUUUGCUUGUAUCUCCUUCGAGACGAGCUUAACUUUCCAAAGAACGGCCCCCUAAAGCCAUCAUCCACACCAAAUGAGCCGCUUAACCCACGUCAUGGUAGUGAUCUGCAAAUUUCAGAUCAAUAUGCUCGUCUCGAAAGAGAAACAGACAAAUAAAA